AAGGCAGAGAAAUGUCAUUUAAAAGACGGGGCUGGUCCGAUACAACUCCUCUGCUCGGCACACAGCAACGUUCCCUUUCCUUCAACUCGUCAUAUUCCUCUUCCCACCGCUCAGCCUUCUCCGUCGAGAUGACUUCGAGCACAGAGACGGCUAUCAUUCCCAUUCCUUCCCGCUCCGUCUUUCUCGGCGUUGACGUCGGAACCGGCAGCGCCCGUGCUGGUCUGUUUGAUGACAAAGGAAAGCUUCUAGGCUCUGCCAGUAGCCCAAUACAAAUAUGGAAAGAGGGUAACUGUGUUGAGCAAUCAUCAACUGAUAUCUGGCAUGCUAUCUGUGCGGCUGUGAAAUCUGCAUGCUCUCUCGCAAAUGUUGAUGGGGAAGAAGUGAAGGGUGUGGGAUUUGCAGCUACUUGCUCACUAGUGGCAGUGGAUGCUGAUGGCUCUCCUGUAACAGUUUCUUGGAGUGGUGAUUCAAGAAGAAACAUUAUAGUGUGGAUGGAUCACAGAGCUGUAAAGCAAGCCGAAAGGAUUAAUUCCUGUAACUCACCAGUAUUACAGUAUUGUGGCGGAGGUGUCUCGCCAGAGAUGCAACCACCAAAGCUUUUGUGGGUGAAAGAAAAUCUACAAGAAUCUUGGUCAAUGGUAUUUAGGUGGAUGGAUUUGAGUGAUUGGUUAUCAUAUAGGGCUACUGGAGAUGAUACCCGUAGUCUUUGCACCACAGUGUGCAAAUGGACAUACCUUGGUCAUGCACACAUGCAACGGAUGGGCGAAAAAGAUUCCAGGGACAUGGAAGCUUGUGGAUGGGAUGAUGAUUUCUGGGAGGAGAUUGGCUUAGGUGAUCUUGUAGACGGGCAUCAUGCUAAGAUUGGAAGAAGUGUAGCUUUCCCUGGCCAUCCAUUGGGUUCUGGUCUUACCCCUACUGCUGCGAAGGAACUAGGUCUGGCGGCAGGAACCCCUGUUGGAACUUCUCUCAUUGAUGCUCAUGCCGGUGGUGUUGGGGUAAUGGAAAGUGUGCCCGAUUUAGAUCCUGAGAAUAAAGAGUUGGAUAAGGAAGCUAUUUGCCACCGCAUGGUGUUAGUCUGUGGAACAUCUACUUGCCAUAUGGCUGUAUCACGCAACAAGCUGUUUAUUCCAGGGGUCUGGGGACCAUAUUGGUCAGCAAUGCUACCUGAAUACUGGCUGACAGAAGGCGGGCAGAGUGCCACAGGUGCUUUAUUGGAUCACAUAAUUGAAAAUCAUGUUGCUUCUCCUCGCCUUGCAAAUCGUGCUGCCUCUCAAAAUAUAUCUCUGUUUGAACUACUGAACAACUUAUUGAAAUCAAUGAUGCAAGAUACAAAAUCACCAUUUCUUGCUGCUCUGACUAAAGAUAUACAUAUUCUUCCUGAUUUCCAUGGGAACAGAUCUCCCCUUGCAGACCCAAAAGCAAAAGGUGUAAUAUCUGGCUUGACACUUGAUACUAGUGAGAUACAGUUGGCUCUUUUAUAUCUUGCCACAAUGCAGGGAAUUGCAUAUGGGACACGUCACAUUGUAGAGCAUUGCAAUGCCCAUGGUCACAAUAUAGAUACAUUAUUGGCAUGUGGUGGCCUUUCAAAGAACCCUCUAUUCAUGCAAGAACACGCGGAUAUAAUUGGUUGCUCUAUAAUACUUCCACGAGAAAGUGAGUCUGUGCUCUUGGGUGCUGCAAUUCUUGGCACUGUUGCUGCAAAGAGAUAUCCCAGUCUCAACAAGGCAAUGAAGGCACUGAAUGCAGCUGGUCAGGUCAUUCAUCCAUCAACAGACCCAAGGGUAAAGAAGUAUCACAACGCCAAAUACUACAUAUUCCGGGACCUUUAUGAGCAACAGCUAUCUCAGCGUUCAAGUAUUGCUGAAGCUCUCGCAUAGUUUUACUGGUCUUGUAAAGUGGUAUAAUUUGUUGAAAAUCCAUAAUUUCAAUUUUGAAGAAAUGAUUUGAUUUUUGAAUAAAUGAAUAAUUGAUUUAAAAAAUUAUUAGCAGAAAUUCAAUAGAUUACCCUUUAAGAGAUUUGAAUAA